AUGCGGUUCAGCAGAAACACGGCAGUUCAUAAUGGCGUAAUCCUAGAUGCAAAGUCCCUCUCUUGCUUUGUCAAAAAAGUUUCUUUGGAUCAUUUUGAGGCUUGGAAAAGGAGUUUCCCAGCUGAACUUUGGUCCCCUCCGGAGCCUAAUACUUUCAAGAUAAAUUUUGAUACAACAAUUCGUGAGUCAUUCUCUACUCAAAGUGCUAUUUGCAGGGACUCAAAUGGGAGAAUUAUAAAGGCUAUUUCUCAAAUCAGCCCCUUAUGUGACCCAACGUAUGGGGAAGCUUUGGCAGCUUCUUUUGCAAUUUCUAUGGCUACAUCUCUGAAGCUCUUAGUGUUCUCUUUGGAAGGUGACUCGCAGGUGGUUAUUACAGCUCUUCUCCACCUUCCAUAG